CUGGAAAAUCUCUCUUUGUCCUUUGCUCUUCUCCUUCUCUGUUUUCUGUUUUGUUACCAUUUAACAAUCAAGAUUUUCAAGAACAACAAAAUGGCAUUAAUAGCCAUAUUCUUACUACUAUUCUUGUUCUUGGCCGGCCUUCUCAAUCUUUACUUCUAUCUACCUCCCAAGAAACUCUAUGCAUGGCUCCAAUCUUUCUUUCUUAAAAUGAAUUCUUCUUCUUCUUCUUCUUCUUCUUCUUCUUUAUCUACUGCAAAAGUCACUCCUUACAAAGAGAGAAGCACUUGUGAUAAUAAUAGUUCUGAUAUGGCGAAAGAAGACCUAAAGAGUGUAUUUGCUACCUUCGAUAAAAAUGGAGAUGGAUUUAUAACAAAGCAAGAGCUAAGAGAUUCUUUAAAGAACAUAAAAAUUUUCAUGACAGAAAAAGAAAUUGAAGAAAUGGUAGCGAAAGUGGAUUCUAAUGGAGAUGGGUUCAUAGACUAUGAAGAGUUCUGUUUCUUGUGUGAGUCCAUAGUUGGUGGUGAAGGAGUUACAAGAAGUGUAGAAGAUGAAGGAGAUAAUGCUGUAGAAAUAAUUUUGAAAGAAGCUUUUGAUGUUUUUGAUAGAAAUAAGGACGGGCGAAUAUCAGGGGAAGAGCUUGGAUCAGUAUUAUGUUCUUUGGGAUUAAAAGAAGGAACAAAGGUUGAAGAUUGUAAGGAAAUGAUUAGACAAGUUGAUAUGGAUGGUGAUGGAAUGGUUAAUUUUGAUGAGUUUAAGAAGAUGAUGAGAAGUGGAAAUAGCAAAUUCAUUCCUGUCUUCUAAAUUAUAUUUGGCUAAUCUUUGGUAAGUGGUAAUUAAGACCUUCAAUUAAUUUAUUUUCCUCUCUUCCUCUAUAUAUAUAUAUAUACAACAAAAACACACACAUACACACUUAAUUAGACAUACAUAAUCUCAAGUGCACUUAAUCAACUCAGUAAAGAGUGUUCAAUUGCAGAGGAAACAGCAUGGAUACAUCAUCUCUUUGCUAUCUAACUUUUAAGUAACCAACAAGGAAAUUGUGAUUAAAUGUGUUGGUUAUAGCUAGAAAGCUUGAUGUGUGUAAUAUAUAUACAGUGCUUUUGUAGUUAGAAUGUUUUAGUAGGGCUUUUUCUAGUGUUGGAUUUUGCUUUAGGACAUGUAUAUAAUUAUAUAUUGGACAUUGAUCCCUUAAGUUUCAAGAGUUGUGUGUGCUUUUAUGUGAAUUAAUGUUUUUCCCCAUUGUAUGGGUUUGAGUUGUUGACAAAA